GGCUCUCGUGAUCGAGUAAUAUUUUUCGAAAUUUUCUGUUUUGGCAUCACCGCAUUCGUGAUCGAGUAAAAUUUAUCGAAAUUUGGCAUCACCCCAUUCGAUAUCGAGCAGACGUUCGAGUAGAAUUAUUCAAAACACCAUUCGACAGUAAAUUUUGCAUCGAGAAGUGGAAAAUUAAAAUAAAACAACAAAAUGUGAGUAUAUUUCUAGUAAAAACUGUUGCAAACUUUAAUAUCUUUUUAUAUUUAAGGACAAACAUAAACAAAAUCAACAAAAAAAAAGUAUUAUGGCGGAAUAUAUGCAGGAGCACCCGGAUUUGGCCAGAAAUAUUCUGCCAAAUUGCGUUCAAAGAAGAACCGUUGCUCAAAGAUUGUGGGAGCAACUUUCCUUAAAAUUAAAUUCUGCUGGUCCGCCUAUAAAAGAACUUGAAAUGUGGCGUAAAGUAUUUGCAGACCAAAGGCAGAACGUUAAAAAGAAGCUGUCUUUUAAUAAAGCUUCUAAGCAAAAGACCGGAGGUGGGCCUUACCAAGAAAAGCUUUUGACGGCGUCCGAGGAGCUGCUGCUGCAAGCUACUGCAAUGGACGUUUCAGUGGAGUACGUGCUGAAAACUUUCACUUCCCAAAAGCGAUAACGUAGCAGCUAAUUGCAAGACGGAGGGUACUGAUGUGGACAUAUGCCCCUCAAACUCAAGCUCCGAAAGCACGUACUCGAAUGCAGGUUUUGACAGUCGGAAACGUUUUUUGAACCUGCAAAUAAAGAACUUUAACGUAUGCUGCUGCUGGUAAACUUAAGGGAUUGCUUUUGUCACGUAAUCCUCUCCGUAUCUGCACUUGACUGACUACAUUAUCAGAAUCAGGCGAGCUCGAAUAAAAAAAUACUGAAAUAUUCAUUUUAUAAUAACUGAUAUGAA